UUUGGUAGAUAUCUCCGUCACACAUACACACACACACCUUUCAUCUCCAUCACACACGCCACAAUCAUCCCCAAAGCAAAUCAAAACCCUCAUCAACACCACCACAUGGCCAGCCUUUGGAGAGCCGUGAUGGGCGAAUCACCCCCAAAUCCCGACGAAUACGAUGGCGUGGAGUACUGGUCAAACCCGGAACGCACGGGGUGGCUCACAAAGCAAGGCGAGUACAUCAAGACCUGGCGUCGCCGUUGGUUCGUUUUGAAACAAGGAAAGCUUUUCUGGUUCAAGGAAUCAAUUGUCAGCCGUGGAUCUCGUCCACGUGGCGUGAUCCCAGUGGCUGCUUGUCUUACUGUCAAAGGAGCUGAAGAUGUCCUCAACAAGCCCUUUGCUUUCGAACUAUCCACCCGAUCUGAUACCAUGUAUUUUAUAGCUGAUUCUGAUAAGGAGAAAGAAGACUGGAUUAAUUCGAUCGGACGGUCCAUUGUUCAGCUUUCGAGAUCUGUUACUGAUAAGGAGAUUGUUGAUUAUGAUAGUAAUAGAUGAUCAUCAUCAUCUGUGUAACUAUUUUCGAUGUAUCCCUUAAAUAAUUCAAUAUGGCCUACUGAAUCUGCAUCGAAAUUGCACUUUUAUUGAUUGUUUCUUUUAUAUAUUGUGACUAGUUUGUAGUUGUGUGGUAGCUUUUAAACAUGUUUUGUUCAUUACUUUCGGUAUAAGACUACAAGUAAUGGAAGUUGCUUCAUUUUCUCA